UUUGGUUUGCGAGUCGCGACCAUUGAACAGAAUGAUUGGAAAAUCGAGGCGUCGCGGACGACUCAAGUGAAUUGUUUUUUGCUCAACCAUCAAUGGAAAGUUUUUCCAUUCUGAUCAAUCACGUGUCAUAGUCCUGAUGCAGCAUCGCAUACGCUGAACUGAUAUUUUAUUGAUAAAUCCCAUAAUCAAAACAAUAACAAUUGCUGUGAUUUAAUGAAUGUUGUGGCAAAGUGAAGCUCGGAGCUAGCUUAAUUUUUUGUGCAAGCUUGUGAAAUUGUGGCUUAUAAUUUACAUAACCAUGGAGGCGAAUAAAUUGCCACCAAAUCCGCGCGAAUCGGCUGGCAUAUUGUCCUCAUUAAUGUUCUGCUUUGCUCUGCCCAUUCUGUUCAAGGGGCGGAAGCAAAAGCUCCAAGCCACGGAUCUGUACAAAACCUUGGAGGAGCACCGGGCCCAGAAACUGGGGGAUGAAUUCUUUCGCACCUGGGAGGACGAAGUGGCGCGAUGCCGGCGCAAAGAAGCAGAUUCGAAGUCCCCCCGGGAGCCGAGUAUCCUGAGGGUCAUUGGACGCGUCUUUGGCGGACAGCUCCUCAUAUCCGGCUUCAUCAUCGCUAUCCUUGAGCUCGGCAGCAGGGCCACCGUGCCUCUUCUUUUGGCCGGGCUGAUAGCAGAGUUCGCUGAACACGGAAAUGGAAGCUCCACCGCAGCACAGAUCUAUGCCACACUACUGAUAGUGUGCAUUCUGGCCAGUGUCCUCCUCACGCACCCAUACAUGAUGGGUAUGAUGCAUUUGGCCAUGAAGAUGAGGGUGGCAGUAAGUACCGCCAUUUAUCGCAAAGCUGUUCGAUUGAGCCGCACCGCCAUGGGUGAUACCACCAUUGGCCAGGUGGUCAACCUGCUCUCCAACGAUCUCAACCGCUUCGAUCGUGCGCUCAUCCAUUUCCAUUUCCUGUGGCUGGGCCCCUUGGAGCUGCUGAUUUCAUCCUUUUUUCUGUACCAACAAAUUGGAGUGGCCUCCUUCUAUGGCAUCAGCAUCCUUAUCCUGUACCUGCCGCUGCAAACCUACCUCAGUCGAGUUACCUCCAAGCUACGCCUUCAAACUGCUCUUCGAACCGACAAGCGCGUCCGCAUGAUGAACGAGAUCAUCUCGGGCAUUCAGGUGAUCAAGAUGUAUACCUGGGAACGACCUUUCGGCCGACUGAUAGAACAGCUCCGACGCAGCGAGAUGAGCUCCAUUCGGCAGGUGAAUCUGCUGCGUGGCGUACUGCUCUCCUUCGAGAUAACUCUGGGACGCAUUGCCAUCUUCGUGAGUCUUCUGGGAUUUGUCCUGAUGGGCGGUGAGCUGACGGCUGAACGAGCAUUCUGUGUUACCGCCUUUUACAACAUCCUCCGACGCACAGUGUCAAAGUUCUUUCCCAGCGGAAUGUCCCAGGUGGCCGAGUUGCUGGUUUCUCUUCGUCGCAUUCGUGAUUUCAUGAUGCGGGACGAAUCCAAUAUCAUAGAUCUUACAGAGGAAGUUGACGAAAAGCCCGAUGAGGAGCAGAAAUUGUUGGGUAAAAACGGGGACGUUAGAUUGCAAAAUGGAAAGUCACCGGACACCCUAGUAAGCAUUGACGGCUUGAGAGCCCGCUGGGAUCGGGAACACAACGAACCCGUAUUGGACAACAUAAACAUGUCCCUAAAACGUGGCCAGUUAGUGGCUGUCAUUGGUCCCGUGGGAUCGGGAAAGUCCAGUUUGGUACAAGCUAUUCUGGGGGAACUCCCACCCGAAGCUGGAAGUGUCCACGUCCACAGCAGAUACUCCUAUGCCUCCCAGGAACCUUGGCUCUUCAAUGCCUCUGUACGCGACAACAUUCUCUUUGGACUGCCCAUGGAUAAGUAUCGCUACCGUACUGUCAUCAAGAAGUGCGCCUUGGAGCGGGACUUGGAGCUGCUAAAUGGAGACGGAACCAUAGUGGGCGAACGAGGUGCCUCACUCUCCGGUGGCCAGAGGGCGAGGAUCAGCUUGGCCAGAGCUGUGUACCGCAAGGCUGAUGUCUAUCUUCUGGACGAUCCCCUCAGUGCAGUGGACACUCACGUGGGCCGGCAUCUCUUCGACGAGUGCAUGCGUGGCUAUCUUGGAGACAAAUUAGUGGUGUUGGUCACUCAUCAAUUGCAGUUCCUGGAGCACGCCGAUCUGAUAGUGAUCAUGGACAAGGGAAAGAUCACUGCAAGCGGAAGUUAUAAGGAAAUGCUAAAAAGUGGGCUGGACUUUGCCCAAUUGUUGGCCGAAAGUACCCAAAAUGGUGAAGAAGAUCAUGGACUGGAUAAGGCUAAUGGGUUAUCGAGACAGAGCAGCACUCGGAGCACUGACAGCUCGGGAGACUCUGCCUCAUCUCAGGAGUCUUUGGUAGAAAAGAACAAGGAGCCGCCAAAACCGAAAGGAGGACCUGUCCAGGAAUCGAGCAGCGGUGGAAAAAUUGGAUUAGAUAUGUACAAGAAGUACUUCUCCGCCGGUUGCGGAUGUGUUAUAUUUGCUCUGCUGGUUCUUCUCUGCGCUGGAACCCAGAUACUGGCCUCUGGCGGGGAUUACUUCCUUUCCUACUGGGUGAAAAACAAAUCAUCAUCGUCGUCGUCGCUAGACAUUUAUUACUUUACUGCCAUUAAUGUCGGACUGGUUAUCUGUGCCUUGCUCCGCACCCUGCUCUUCUUCAACGUGACCAUGCACUCCUCUACGGAGCUGCAUAACUCCAUGUUCCGAGCCAUCUCCCGCACAGCUCUCUAUUUCUUUCACACGAAUCCAUCGGGUCGCAUUCUCAACCGGUUCGCCAUGGACCUGGGGCAGGUGGACGAAUCUCUGCCCGCUGUCAUGCUGGACUGCAUCCAGAUAUUCCUCACGCUGACAGGCGUACUGUGUGUGCUAUGCAUCUCGAACCCCUGGUACCUGAUUAACACGUUCGUUAUGCUAAUAGCAUUCUAUUACUGGCGGGAUGUCUAUUUGCGGACUUCUCGGGAUGUGAAGCGCCUGGAGGCAGUGGCCCGAUCUCCCAUGUACUCCCAUUUCAGUGCCACGCUGGGAGGCCUUCCGACCAUUAGAGCCAUGGGAGCUCAGAGGACUCUGAUCGCCCAAUACGACAACUACCAGGACCUGCAAAGCUCUGGUUACUAUACGUUCGUGACCACCAGUCGUGCAUUUGGAUACUACCUUGACCUGUUCUGCGUUGCCUACGUCAUAUCCGAUAUUCUAAACAGCUACUUUAAUCCACCGCUGGGUAAUCCCGGGCAAAUUGGCCUCGCCAUAACCCAAACGCUGAGCAUGACAGGUAUGGUGCAGUUUGGAAUGCGUCAGUCCGCCGAGCUGGAGAACUCCAUGACAUCCGUAGAGCGGGUGCUAGAGUACAAUGACCUUAAAUCCGAGGGUGAAUUCACCUCGCCGGCCGACAAACAGCCUCCUAAGAGUUGGCCCGAAGAGGGAGAGGUUGUGGCCAAGAACCUCAGCCUAAGAUACGUUCCUGAUCCCAAAGCUGACUACGUCCUCCGAGGCCUGAACUUUGUGAUUAAGCCUCGAGAGAAAGUGGGCAUCGUUGGACGAACAGGGGCGGGAAAGUCCUCUCUGAUCAACGCCCUCUUCCGGCUUUCCUACAACGAGGGAGCCAUACUCAUUGAUGAGCGGGACACAAGUGCUAUGGGUCUGCAUGAUCUGCGAAGCAAGCUCUCGAUUAUACCUCAGGAACCCGUUCUAUUCUCUGGUAGCAUGCGCUACAAUUUAGAUCCAUUCGAACAGUAUCCGGAUGAAAAGCUUUGGCAAGCUUUGGAGGAGGUCCAUCUUAAGGAGGAAAUCUCCGAGCUGCCGACAGGACUGCAGAGCAGUAUUUCCGAAGGCGGCACCAACUUCAGUGUGGGUCAGCGCCAAUUAGUCUGCUUAGCCCGAGCCAUACUCCGCGAGAACCGCAUCCUGGUGAUGGACGAGGCCACGGCUAAUGUGGACCCCCAGACAGACGCCCUCAUCCAGGCCACCAUUCGGAACAAGUUUAAGGACUGUACCGUGCUGACAAUAGCCCAUCGCCUGCACACGAUCAUGGACUCGGACAAGGUGCUGGUCAUGGACGCAGGUCAGGUUGUGGAGUUCGGCUCUCCGUACGAACUAUUGACGGAGUCGGAAAGCAAAGUGUUCCACGGGAUGGUCAUGCAGACGGGGAAGGCUAGUUUUGAUCAUCUUUUGAAAAUUGCCCAAGACAAAAUUGCCGAGGAAAAACAUCUUAAAAGCCACUAAUGGACACUUUUUGAUUCCCUAAGGGGACUUUUACUUAUUUAAACAGGAUGAAAAAACAUGGUACUUAAAAAAGAGG